AUGCUAGCACGAACCGCCGUGUCGACGCUACGCGCUUCGGUGCGUCCGACAGCGUCCGCUCGAUUGUCAUCCAGCCUUGGUUCGUCGUUCUUGCCAGGCGUUGGAGGAGCAGGUGGCAGCCAGAUCUCGAGUCGCAGUGCUCUAGCCGUCCGCAACUACUCGUCGCAGCGCGAAGAGCAGGCCAAGGACAAGCUCGCUCGCGAAGAGCAGGCCAAGGACAAGCUCGCUGUGGGACCGUUCAACCUCAAGGCGGGCCUCCUCUUUCUGGUGACGGGAGCGGGGCUGCUCUACUACUUCCGCACCGAGAAGCAAAAGGUGGAGCAGCGACGCAAGGCGGAAACAGCCGCUGCCAAAGUCGGCCGUCCACGCAUUGGCGGGCCCUUCUCGCUCGUCACGUCCACGUCGCAUCCAUUCACGCACGAAGACCUGCUCGGCAGCUUCUCGCUCGUCUACUUUGGCUUCACCAACUGUCCCGACAUCUGCCCCGAAGAGCUCGACAAGAUGGGCGAGGUCGUCGACCGCAUCGACGCCGAGUACGGCAAGCAGAUCAUCAAUCCCGUCUUUAUCUCGUGCGAUCCGGCGCGCGAUACUGUGCCGCAACUCGCUCGGUACAUUGACGACUUCCACCCGCGCAUGGUCGGUCUUACCGGCACGUUUGAGGCUGUCAAGCAGGCGUGCAAGGCCUACCGCGUCUACUUCUCCACCCCGCCCGGCGCAGAUCCCAUGGGAGACUACCUCGUAGACCACAGCAUCUUCUUCUACCUCAUGGAUCCAGAGGGCAAAUUCGUCGAUGCUUUUGGAAGGAGCGUCGACGCCAAAGAGACGGGCGACAAGGUAGACGCCUACGUGAAACAGUGGAUCGACGCUGGUCUCCCCAUCUCACAAGCUGACGCAAAGAAGAAGGUCCAGGACCGUCCAAAGGUCGAAAUUUAG